GCAAUCCGUAGCGAGUUCAGUGUGCCUUUAAUACAUAGCAAUAUUUUCAUUUAUGCGUAAAUAUUCCAACAUAUGUUUUGUAAGGAAGUUAUCCGGUUAUGAUAACGCUUGUAGUUUCCGUGUUUGUUGUGUUACUCGGAUACUUUGGAGGUCAAAGUUACGGACAUGAUGGCGGAUGGGAUGGGAACAGACACGGUCGUAGCCGGAUGUGCCCGUCAGAGGACCCAGAAACACACAGAUGCUACGAAUUGAAAACACAUAACAGCACGUGCAUUGUAACACGUAUAACCGGAUGUGACCCGAAAUACACGUAUUAUUGCAAAUUAAUGGUGGAGUAUGAGGAAAAGCCAUGCACGGUUUACACGUGCAGUCAUCGAGGCUGCUGUGAAGGGUACAUCGAGAAUAGAUACGGUAGUUGUGUUUCAGAAGAAAUAGUCGAGGCACUCAAUUGUGAGAAUGGCGGCACAAAGACAUCUGACGGUUUCUGCAGAUGCCCAGAAAAUUUCAGAGGAAAACGAUGUGAAAAACCUGUAUGCGGGGGUACGUGUUUGAACGGAGGUCGCUGUGAAGUUGAAAAAGGGGAACCAAAAUGCAUUUGUCCUUCGUCUCUAUAUAAUGGAACAUUUUGCGAGACUGUGUCUUGUGAAGAUUCUUGCCUGAAUGGAGGACAGUGUCACCAAGACGGAGUUCUCUCACGCUGUAAAUGUACUCACGGUUACCAAGGAGAUAGAUGUCAAUAUCCAAUCAACGAAAAGUGCCCUUUCGUGCAAAGUAGGAGUCGUGCGUCUUGUGGAACUAUCUGGAAUGAUUGCGAAUUUGACCUUGACUGUGGGAACGACACGGACACAUCUGUUUGCUGUUACAAUGGUUGCAAUGGGGAAUGCCGGGUACCAGAAUUAGAAAAGUGCACUUACAAAGGAAAAAUCUACAACUCAGGAGAAACGUUUAGCCCUGACACAUGCAAGAAAUGUGUGUGUCAAAUGUAUGGGGAGGUCACUUGUUCGGAAGUUGAAUGUCCAGAGAAACGAUGUCCCUAUGGGCAGAGACCGAUACAAGUUGAAGAACAUUGUUGUAAAGUCUGCCCUGAUCAAGAUCUCAAAAGUAAGGAAGCUCCUCGAUUCACAAACUGCCCUGAACAGUUUAUAGUACUGAAUGUUAGUGAAAACGGUGAUGACGCACAUUUGCCCCCGCUAAAUCUUCAAGCAGAGGAUGCAUAUGGAUCAAAACUUGCUGUGUCCUACAUCCAGACAGAAUUCCAUCACAGCCGUAAAGCCGAGAUCCGCAAAAAUAUCCACAUCGUGACCGCUUACUCCGAUUGUGAUUCACACGGCAGAAGGGCAGAAUGUAACUUUAAAGUUAUUGUAAGGGAUCCAUUUCCGCCGGAGUUUAAAUCAUGUCCGGCAGAUGUAUACGCUGACGAAAACGACGUGAUCUCGUGGGAUGAGCCGGUCAUUUCCGACAACGUCGACGUGUAUAAUAUCAGAGUGGGCGGUGACUAUAUCCGGAACCGGUAUAUGGCGGUAGGGACUUACCCUAUCAGCUACACUGUGUGGGAUUAUGACAUGAACCAAGCAAUUUGUGCCUUCUUAGUACAUAUUGUUCAGGAAAGGUUUUAUGAAGACCACGAAGAUAGGUAUCCCAGGUAUGGAGGUGUUCCAGCUGGUACAAUAGUUGGAAUCGUAACAGGGUUGAUAAUUGCAUGUGGUUUGUGUGUCUGCUUCACAGUCCGUGUGCGUCAGUUGCGCCGGGAACAAGAUGAAGAACAAUACCAGAGUGAACAAAAUCCGACAACUUUCUCAGUGUACGAUCCUAGUUGCGAACAGAAUCCAAAUGUGUAUGAAAACAUCGACAUGAAGCUACCAGACUUACCAGAAUAUUCGCCAGCAUCUGAUCCGCCUUCGUACGACCAGAUUGAACACAGCAAGGCAUAUGAUGACGCAGAAAAAGUAGUUCGGCCAACUUACGAGGAGAUAUCUACUCCCACAUCAGCGCUGGAAACAAACCAGUAUGAAAACAUGCCUAAACAUGGAGAAGAAAACAAUGCCUAUCUGAACGAAAGCAGCUAAAAUGAAAAAUAUGAAAAUUCUGACAUUUUAAACAAAACUUUUGCAAUUUAAGUACAACAAUGUUUCAUUAUUACAAAAGUUAAGCCGCUUGAAUCCCGAGUGUAAAAUCUUCUAUUUUAGCAUUAACUGCAACAACUUGAUAUUUAGAUGCAUAUAAUGGCAAACUAAAAGGGAGUCACGUAGAUGAUUGAAAGUCACAAACAGAUUUUUUGCAACUUUGUUUUUAUUUCGCUGUUGUGUGUAGACGUUUUGUUUCCUGUUAUCAUAGUCCACUACAUGAGCGAUCCAGUUUCUCAAUGGAAAUAUCCCUUACAUUAUAUAAGUGAUCCGUUGUCACGCGAAAGUUUCAACAUUUGUAAAAAAAUCAACCAGGAUAAGGUGGUAUAUAGUGAGACAAUAUGAAGGAAUAUAUAUGAUUAUGAAGAAAAUAUGGAACAUUUGGUCAGGUCACUGGGUCAAAGGUCAAUAUCAUUGUGACAGUUAAUAUUAACGAAACUUUUAUUUUGAAGUUUCUUAGUCAAAGGUCAUCGUCACUAGCAUACUAAGUGGUCAGAUUAACUUAUUGUGUGAUAGGGAUGGUCGUCCGUCCAUCUGUUGGUAAAUUUAGUUUUUACUAAAUAACUUGAGACUGAUUUGACCUAGGAUCCUCGUCUUUUAUAGGCACACUGCUCAAUGGCAGAAGAUGACCCCUUUUGAUUAUUUGGCCAUUGGAUCAAAAGUCAGUCCCUCAAGCUCUAGAGGGAGUCAGUGGCGCAGUGGUUAGCAGGUUGGACUACAACGCCAGCGAUCCUGGUAAGAUUCCCGAUCGCGGCUCUCAUCACGCUGACUGGUGUACUUAAACUAGUAUGGUUUUCAACAAUAUCGGCCUAUGACAUCUGCCGAGGGCUUGGCUGGAAAUAAAUUGUUUCUCCCAUUCCAGAUGGGAACUUUCAACGACUACCCAUGUUAAACAAGAAACUGUACCUUGUAUUAAGAUCACAGAGACUGGUAGUAAAAAUCGUUUCCGCUUGCUAGAUCUAUUGACCAUGCAGAGCGGACGCAGUGGACCAGUAACUGUCUGACUACGAAACCGGGAAUCUUGAAUUAGAUCCCCCGCUCUUCAAACUGUUAAAACAAGGUCACAUUCACAAUGAAACCUUUUUGAUUUAAAGGUUUCUAAGUUAAAGGUCAUAGUAAAUGUCAUGCGAAAUAUUGAGACAGAUACUCAUUCACUUUAUAUCUGUUGAACCCAGCAAUGGUGUCAGCUUAAGACCUGUCUCCGGGCGUAUAUUACUCCGCACAAUGGUGCUCUUGUUUAUGUAUUGUAUUUAUGUUUACUUACGUUUCUUUUCUUUUCAUUAUUAUGUCUCCCACCAUAUUUUGAUUUACUCCUGUGUGUGUGUGUCUGUGUUUGUGUCUGUCACAAAGCUUGUCCGCACUCUAAGUCGAACAUUUCUCAUCCGAUCUUCACCAAACUAGAACAAAAUGUGUUUGCCAAUAAGUCCUCGGCCAAGUUCGAUAACUAGCCAAAUCGGCCUAGGCUCUUCAGAAUUAUGGCAUUUGACCAUAAUUACUGAACCAUUCAUCCUAAUCACCUAGACUCAUAAAAAUGCUGAACCAUUCAUUCUAAAACUUGCCCCAAAAACCAUUUAUCCUAAUUACCUACUGAACCAUUCGUCCUAAAACUUGCUCCAAAAAUUACUGAAUCAUUCAUCCUAGUCCACCUAGACUCACUAAACACUGAACCAUUCAUCCUAAAACUUACUCC